CGCCAGCUGGUGCGAGCGGCAGCAAGGAUGCAGAGGCGCUCGGCAAGGGAGCAGAUACAGACGAUGGCGGCACGGGCAAGCAGCGCCGGCGCGGCGUGGCGCUGCCCUCGCAAGUCGCAUGGGUCGUGCCGGUGCUGACGAGCUGGGCCAAGAUGAAGCCGCUGAUCCGCAGCUCCAUCGUCGCGUGGCUCUGCACGCUCUGCAUGGUCAUUCCCGCCGUCGAGGCGCGGCUCGGCAAUGCCUCCUUCCUCGCGCUGCUCGGCGCCUUCAUCCAGCCGGCCGAGAUCCCCCUCGUGGCCGUCAUCGAGCGGGAGCUCUUCACGCUUGGCCUGCAGCUCGUGGCGUGGGCGUGGAGCUGCUUGGGCAUCAAGCUGGCCUCGCUGGCGCGCUCGCGCACCCUCAGCGCCAGCGAGGCACCGCUCACCGCUGUCUUCAGCGGAGAGUAUUUGGAGGCAGGGCCGGCGGUGAUCUGCGGCGUGUUCCUCUCCAUCGGCGCAGCGGCGUGCCUCUAUCUCAAGACCAAGUUCGGGCCGUCGCCCUUCCUCUUCGCCUCCAUCCUCGCCUGCAUCUGUCUCGACAUCAACCUCGCCUACGCGGCGCUCUUUCCGUAUCCCUACUACAAGCUGGCUGAGCAGAUCAUCAUCCCGUUGGCCCUGAAAGCGGCUAUCAGCAUCUGCGUCUCGGCGUGCUUCUUCCCAAAGAGUGUUAACAGCCUAUUCGUCGAGCGGCUGUGCGCCGUACUCGAACCGCUGUCGCUCGCAGCGAGGGACCAGAUCGAGCUGCUGCAGGAGAGUCCGCUGUCGCCCGACUUCAACUUCACGCGCGUGCACGAGCACGUGGCGAAGAGCGAAGGCUCGCUGCUGCCACUACAGGCUUCGGCGCGCCUGCUGACUCGCGAGCUUUCGUUCGGGCUUGCGUCCGGCGCGGAGCUCUCGGAGCUCGUGCUGCUCACGCGCCGCUUGAUGAAUCCGAGCGACGGCUGGGCGUACUUCUACAGCAUCGUGCGCGCGGACCUCAAGCACGAUCGCUUCCCUCACACGCCUCUGCCGUCGCGGGGCGGCACACCUGUUGCUUCGCCGAUGGCGACGCCCAGUCCCUCGCGGCCGCCUUCGCCCACCGGCGCAGGUCGCAGUCAUCUGCAGGCAAAGCCCAACGACGCGGAACAGCACAUGGGCGCGCUGUCACGCCACUUUCCGCAUCUCUUUCCCUCCAGCCGACCGCACUCGCCCGGCUCCGAUCACGACAGUCACAGUCAGCCCUCGCACUCGCGCUGGCAUCUGCAUCUGCCCCGCCACCACGAGCCGGCGCCCGUGGGCACGUGGGAGUCGCUGCGCUUCUCUGCGCUCGAGUCGCGCCUGCAUCGCAAGGAGUACGACGUGCACACCGAGACGUGCAUGCGCAUCCUGGGCGAGACGAGCCGCAACAUCCUUGCUGCACAGGCGGAUGGUCUGGAUCAUGUGGUUGCGUGGCUUGGCGCGCUCAACCACGAGCGCCUCUCGCUCCUGCGGCGUCGCGUCCUCGGAGGCAAGGCGGCCGCCGACGGCGAGAAAUUGAAGAGCACGCGUCUGGUCGUCGAGCAUCUUGAGCAGGAGCUCGCCGAAUUCUCGCGCAACCACGCCAUCGUCGAGCCCUUUGAGCGCAGUCUCGACCCCGACUGUCCGCCGGACAAGCGCGUGCCGCACCGCUACCUCUUCCAGGCCUACGUGCAUGCAUUCCACACGAAGCGCUUUACCGUGCGUUUGCUGGAGCUGCUCAAGGUGAUUGCCAAUGUCGAGGACCAGCGCUCCUCGAAAGGCGGACGCUUCCAUCUGCCGCAACUGCCGCGGCUCUUUCAUGCAGAGACGUGGCGCGCCAUGGGCGAGCCGUCGGCCGACAGCACGCAGCACGACGAUGAGCCGCAGGAGAUUGCCUACUCUGCGCCGCUCGUGUCUAGCUUGGGAAGCACUCGACGCAGGGACCCUGAUGCGCUGGAGCCGGAGAACAUGGUGCAGGAGAUCGGCUCGCGCGCCUCGCACUGGCUGCAUCGCCUGCAGGGUCCGACGGCCGCCUUCGUCGUCAAGGCAGCCAUGACGACGGCGCUGCUGACGCUGCCGUCGUAUCUGCGCCAGACGGCCGGCUUCAUGUACAACGAAAAGGCCGUGUGGGCCGUCUUCCAGGCGCAGCUCUGCCUGGCGCGCCAUCGCGGCGAAGUGGCCUUUGGCUUCGUCAGUCGUAUGAUGGCCACGCUCGUCGGCGCCACGCUUGGCCUGCUGCUCUGGACGAUCGCCUCGGGCGGCAACGAUGCAGCCAAUCCCUACGCAGUCAUGGCCACCGCAGCGGUCGGCUAUCCGUUCCUGAUGCUGCUGCGUCUGCACCUCCCCGGCCCGCCUAUCACGGCCAUCAUCCUCUCCAUCACCGCGGCGCUCGUGAUGGGCUACAGUCUCAAGGACAGCAUAAACCCCACGAUUGGCUUCUCCGGCACCGGGUGGGGCGUCGCUUGGCGCCGCUUCGUCGCUACCGCCAUUGGCACAGGCGCGGCGGUGAUCGUCUCAAUCCUGCCGCCAAGCUCCACGCUGCGACGCUACCAGCGCACAGCACAUGCUGCGAUCAUCAACGAGCUGUGCCAGCUCUUCGCCGAUCUCAUCUCCUUUGCCGCCUCGAGCCACAGCGACGAAGCCGUGCCGCGCGAGCUGCAUGCCAAGCUGCUCACCACACGCAGCAAGCUCCGGCGCAUUGCUCUUCUGCGAGCUGUCGUCUCGUACGAGUUCUCGCUGCGUGGUCGGUGGCCUACCAAGCGGUACGACACGCUGGCGGCCACCGAGAUGGAGAUCUCAAAGCUGCUCAGCCACGCCGUCGUCGUCAGCGAGGAGCUGGGCCCGGCAUAUAGCGCAGCACUGCUGCGCCGCACGCGCGGCUUGGAUCCGCUCUUUCUGGGCGACGUCAUUGCCGUGCUGCAGAUGUGCUCGACGGCACUGCAGACAGGAGAGGCGCUGCCGCAAGUCACGCCUGUGCUCGUCGAGCGACUGCUCCUCGUAGCGCAAGGAGGCUUCGCCAUCUCGCGCGGGGAAGAAGACGAAGAUUUCGGUCUUCCGCGCCUCAUUACUCCCUCCGUCCUCAAGGAGCCGCAGUACCAAGCCUUCUCCGUCGGCGUCAGCGUCAUGUUUGGUCUCGUGCUGCGCUUCGAUCGUCUCGUCAACGCCACGAAAGCUCUCGUGGGCGAAAGAUAUCCGAUCACGCUGGACUUCAACCGCACGCAUGCUUAUCGACCUACAGAGUACAGCUAGCCUCGGGGUCCGGUCCGCACCUCUGCUCCCAUCUCAAUGUCACGCAUCACUCAGC